GGGGCCGAGGGGUUGAGGCUGGGGCUGUGAGGCCAGUGGCGGACGCAGGAGCAGAGUCGGAUGUGAGUCACGGCACCCCGCUCAGGUGGCUGGUCCUCGACCCGAAGACAGGUCCUGACGUCCCAGUCGCGUCUGUCAACUCCGGACCGCGACGCUGGGACCCGUGGAGGCGCGUCUUUGGCACGAUGAAGGAUUUGGGGGUAGAGCACUUGGCAGAUCGCGAAGGAGUCCAACUCCUUGGAUUGUUGAGCUUCUACCUGGAACAAGAGAAGAGAUUUCAACCUCGAGAAAAAGGGUUGAGCUUGAUCGAGGCAACCCCAGAGAAUGAUAACACUUUGUGUUCAAGAUUGAGAAAUGCCAAAGUAGAAGAUUUAAGAAGCUUAACUAACUUUUUUGGAUCUUGCACUGAAACCUUUGUUCUGGCUGUCAAUAUUUUGGACAGAUUCUUGGCUCUUAUGAAGGUGAAACCUAAACAUUUGUCUUGUAUUGGAGUUUGUUGUUUUUUGCUGGCUGCUAGAAUAGUGGAAGAAGAAUGCAAUGUUCCAUCCAUUCAUGAUGUGAUCCGUAUUAGUCAGUGUAAAUGUACUGCUUCUGACAUAAAACGGAUGGAAAAAAUAAUUUCAGAAAAAUUGCAUUAUGAAUUAGGAGCUACUACUGCCUUAAACUUUUUGCACUUAUACCAUACUAUUGUAUUUUGUCAUACUUCACAAAGGAAGGAAACACUGAGCCUUGAUAAACUAGAAGCUCAACUGAAAGCCUGCAACUGCCGACUUGUCUUUUCAAAAGCAAAACCAUCUGUAUUAGCUUUGUGCCUUCUCAAUUUGGAAGUAGAAACCUUAAAGUCUGUUGAAUUACUGGAAAUUCUCCUGCAUGUUAAAAACUAUUUAAAGGUUAAUGACACUGAAUUCUUUUACUGGAGGGAGUUGGUUUCUAAAUGUUUAGCUGAAUAUUCUUCUCCUGAAUGUUGCAAACCAGAUCUUAAGAAGCUAGUUUGGAUUGUUUCAAGGCGCACAGCUCAAAACCUCCACAACAGCUACUACAGUGUUCCUGAGUUGCCAACAAUCCCAGAAGGGGGUUGUUUUGACAAAAGUGAAAGUGAAGACUCUUGUGAAGAUAUGAGUUGUGGUGAGGAGAGUCUCAGCAGUUCCCCUCCCAGUGAUCAAGACUGCACCUUCUUUUUUGACUUCAAAGUGGCACAAACACUAUGUUUUCCAUCUUAGAACUCAAAUUCUAUGUCAGGAUUUAAAAGUAUGUGUAUCAAUUUCAAAGCAAUAAAAAAGGGGACUUGGUAGUUUUCUAGUACAACCCCCAUCUAGGCAGAAAUUACAUAGACUGGAAUACCUACCUUCUGUUUAUUAUUCAGAUCAGAGCUGGCCUAUUUUCAUAUUUAAUCCUAAGCCAUCAGGUGGGUUAGUGCCUCUUAAAAAACUAACAGUACUUAAAACAUUGACACUUUAUUUUUCUUGUUGAUCUUUAGCUACUUUAGGGAGGAGGGAAGGUGCUAAAUCCCUUUAACUUUUUCAAGAAAACAUUUUAAAUAUGAACGUAUAUGUAAUUUAUCUUAAGCUUUUUAUAAAUCCUUCAGGUGUUUUUAUUUAACAGGUUGGGAGUGUAUGCUUCCUUAGCAGGGACAAAGGAUAAUCCUUCAAUAGUUUUAUCUUAGAUUUCCUUCCCCCCAUUCUGAGAAACUAUAUAGAAGUCUUAAAUGUCACUCAUUUUAUUGCUGUCUAAAAACAUUGAUCAGUGUAAUGUCUGAUGCAAAUCCUAUAAAUUAGAAAUUAUAAUACUGACAUUUCUAUGAAUUGAGUAUGUAAAUGUCUUAGAAGUUUCUGCUAAAGCAGAAAAAGUUGUCAGGCUAGGGCUUAGAAUUGCAUUAAUACCUGAGUGUUGUCAGACUAGAGUAUUAUUUUAAUGUUAUUUUAAAAAUCCAUAAUUUGCUAGUUUGCAUGCACCUGUAUGAAAGCAGUACAGGAGGGUGAAUAGAGCUAGGUAACUAUGGAAUUGAAAAAAUACUGAUUUAGUAGUUCAUCUCAUUUUCUUAUAUUAAAAUAUAUGCAUGAUUACUUUUUGCUUACUUUGUAAUUCACAUUUCAAAAAUAAUAUAUAAAUAUAUGGGUGCCAAGAUUUGAAUAUGAAGAAAAAAACUCGAGGGUUUGUAAUGUUAAGUUUUAAAGCAGAUCUCAGCCAAAAGGAUAAGGAUAUAUGAACCUGUACACACAAGGUUUUGUGCAGAGAAUUUUUAACUUUAUAAACUGUAUGUGAAAUGUAAAUCUUUAAAAAUGUACAUAAAAUACUGUAUUUUUUUACUUUGAGUGAUAUCUGGUCAGUGCAUGUAAAUAUAAUUUAUUGUGUAUUCUGUGUCAUACAGACAUUGGCUGACUUUUUUACUUGUAAGUCAACAUCCAUUGGGUGUCUUCUGAAGUAGAUCUUUUUGAAGUGACAAUAGAUUAUAAUUAAAAAUAAAAAUACCAAUAAAUUUCUCCUCGCUUGCAGUCAUA